ACUCCAAAUAAAAUUGUUACUGUCGUUAUAAGAGCUUUCGAACCAAAACUUUUCCAUGUAAAAGCUCAAUUUAAAAUAUUUACAAACUAAUGUAUUUUUAUAAUUGAACUUGUGAGGUGCUAUUAAUUUAAUUGCCUUUUAUUAUUCUAUUAAUCGAAAUGCAUUCAGGAUUUAUGGUAUCCUGAGCAAUUAAAAAAAAUCCAAAUUGAGAUUUGAUAUUCGACCUGUCUAUAUAUAUAUAUAAAGUGCAAGUGUAAAAAACAUUAACCAUGAUUCAAUUAUUUUCCUGUAUAAUUUUUAUGGUUGCUUUUACCAUUUCAACCACUCAACAAGCGCCUGACCAAUAUCUUGAUACAAAAUUUAACAGAACAAUGGGCAUCUAUUUUGAAAGGGUUGAUCCACUGCAACACAUCACUGGUAUGUGGCGAGCAAUGGUUUUUCUUGAAGUCGAUAAAUCAAAAAAAUAUUUGACAUCCUGUGAAGAAAAAUUAAAAAUAGCAUUAGAUACAUGCAAAAAGGCAAAAAUGUUAGAAUGCGAAAAAAUAUUGAAUUAUGAAAGACUAAGUCAAAAAUAUAAGCUUACAAAAAACUUACAAGAAAUUUUGGACAACACAAUCGAAGACCUCCGAUAUCAUACUCAAAUCCACAGUUAUCAUACUGCAAAUAAUCGUUCACCAUCAAUUAUGAAAAGAAAUAGACGCAAUUUACCUUGGUUUGGAGUCGUUGGUAAAAUUGCAGGACCCGCUUUUGGUGUUCUAAAUUAUGAAGACGGUGAACGUUAUGAUGAAGCCAUAAAAGAUUUGAAUGAACAUCAGAGAAAUAUCUCUAGACUCAUGGGAGAGCAAGCACAUAUCAUUCGUUCAGAAUUAUAUCGGCUUCAUGAGCGAGAAGAGCUGAGAGAUAAAGAGCUAGACUCUAUUAAUCAGAAUUUAAGCAAAUUCACAGAAAAAUUAAGUGAUAUAACAAGGUUUACCACAAAUAUGAAUUUUCGCUUUAAAUUGGAAGAAUUUGUUCUCAAAAUGGAACUUACAUUUGACGAACAUCAACGAUCAUUAAAUCAGAUUAUAGAAAUUCUUCGAUCUGCACAGGAUGGUAAACUUCAUCCUGCCUUGCUCUCUAGAGAACAACUGUUAACAAUGGCCAGAGAAGUAUACGAGCAAUUACCCGCAAUGGAGUUUCCUACAAAUCCACAACGAGUCAACAUCAUGGAUCUUGUUCGAGUGUCUACAGUCUCCAUUCGUCUCCAUGGAAAUAAAUUGUUUGCUGCUCUAGAUGUCCCACUUUUAGAAAGAGAACAAUUCCAAUUAUAUCAACUACAUACAUUACCUGUUAAUCAAAGUACAAUCAACAAUUUAACGACAAGGGCAUACAUUGUACCAAUAGAUAAAUUCCUUGCAACAGACGACAACAAACGAAGAUACUCUUUCUGGUCUGAAAGUGAUAUACAAAAAUGUAUUCGAUCAAAUGGAAAACGAAUGUGCCAAAGUAUUCGUCCAAUUUAUGAUUCAUCAAUUGUUCCCAGCUGUGAAAUAGAACUCCUAAAAAUAGUGAAACCAGCAAAGGAUGUAUUAAAAACAUGCAACAUCAGAUUAUCCCUUAAUCAGCAACCUUUCUGGACAGCUUUAUCUACAUUGGGAGGUUGGUUAUAUUCCUUGAUGGAAUCUGAAGUAGCCUACAUCACAUGUAAUGGUAACGCUGCUCAGGAAGCAAAACUUGAAGGAACAGGCAUUCUGCAAUUGUCAAAAGGAUGUACUUUGAAAACCGAUAGCGUGUCCUUGAUGACACCAAAAAUUCAAGACGACCCCCAUGAGUAUAUAUAUUUACCACCAUUUAAUUUAAAUGUGACAGAUGUAUUACCAAAUUUUUCGGAAAUUCAAGAACUAGGAAUUUUCCAUCAACAAAUACCAAUUUCCAAACAUACAACCACCUGGAAUAGCAAGGCAUCAGAUGCUACGCUUAUGGAUUUGGAAAAUCAGUGGAAAUUGUUAAGUCAACAUGAAAUCUCAACAAAAAGAAGCACAAAUUUAAGUAAAACUGCCCUCGGAAGCUGUGGUCUACUGGCUAUAAUUAUCAUUAUAUUUUUACUACGAAAUGUAUUUUUGGAAAUGUUUAGAAGCGUACGGAUUUUUAUAAGCAAAAAAAGAAUGCAUUCGAAAGCUCCCCCAACAAUCAUCUACGACCUCCCAAGGGUUCGACAAUUUCAGCGAUCUAAGAGCCUACAUUGAUAGUUGGGAACAGAAAGGGAGAACAACCAUUUUCAGGAAUAGUCGUAACGGAAAGGGAUAAAUAAAUCACAGAAAAUUAUAAGGU